AUGGCCGAGGAGGAAGCGAACUCGGUCUUCAGUCACGACGAAGGCUCGAGUGGUGAUGAGACAGCCAACAAUGGCUCGGCCGGGCCACCGAGAAAGCGCAAGAGGGAGAAGCACCAAAAGACGUCAUGUGAGCUGUGCAAGGCGAGAAAGGUGAAAUGCGAUCGCGCAGAACCGGCCUGCUCAUGUCUCGAGCUUGAGGCCAAGGUCAACAGGCUCGACGCACUCCUACAGGCUCUGGGUCGCCGAGUGGAGGACCACAUCGCCAAUGAUCACGUCGCCAAUGGCAACACCCAGGCCCUGUCCCCGGCCAUCAGUAACCAAGCAUCAUCUCAGGUCGAAGGAUUUCAUCAUGAUGGGAAUGGCGUCAGUGCCGCGACCGCUAUUCCACGGUCAGCAUCAACAGCGAACGGGAGGACGCCGGCUUUCUCGAGUCCCUUCUGGCAGGGUGGCGAUGCUCAGGAGGCCCUUCAGAACGGUGACCGAACCUCAGUACAGGCUCUCCUAAACCUCUCGGCUAGUGAAUCUUUCAGUCAAACAGGUGCAUCUCCCAGCAUUUCUGGGCCUCGGAAAGAUGCAUCGUCGUUGUCGACUGUGUCAGAGUUUCCGCCACACGACAUGCUCUACACGCUUGUCGACCUGUACUUCAAACACUGCAACACAUGGUGUCCUAUUCUUGACCGCAAGACAACAUUCGGCGCCUUCUUCGGCUCGACUUCCCUGACCGAAGCCGACCGUGUUCUGUUACACGCUAUUGUAGCAACGACACUGAGGUUCAUGAAAGAUCCGCGACUAUCACCCGAGAUGCGAUCUCAUUACCACGCCUUGUCGAAAGGACGAGUCCAGAUAUACGCGAUGGAGAAUGUCAGCAUCGCGGCGUUGAGAGCUUUGGUCAUUCUGUGCUUGGAUGAGCUCGGUACCUCCAACGGGCCGCGUGGUUGGAACAUGCUUGCGCUGCUCUCACAGAACGUGAGACAGCUUGACUUGUGCGAGGAAAGCAGCGUAUACCUCACGGCCGAGGCCGAAGAUACACCGCAUACCGGGUCGAUACGAAGAGUUGCAACAGGGCGUCCGGAGUCGUGGAUCGAAGAUGAGGGCCGGAGGAGACUGUGUUGGAUGGUAUACCUUCUCGAUCGAUAUGCAACGAUCGCAACGACCACAUUCGAAUUCAUGCUCGACGACAAAAAGAUGAAGCGCGGGCUUCCGUGUUCGUACGACUUGUUUUCCCGAAAUGUGCCAGUCGAGACGAGAUCAUGGAGCCCGUCCUCCGAUCCGACAGCUCCUCCAGCGAUCAACAAGCCGGACAACUUGGGGAGCUUCUCGUAUCACUGCGAAAUUCUCCGGAUACUCAGCAAAGUCCACGAUUUUCUGAAAACACCCAUCGACGUAACAUCAUCGGGCGAGAUGGCCGUCUGGCGCAACACAUACAGGUCACUAGAUGGUGCGCUCGACAACUGGUUGCAAAGCCUGCCGAGUGAAUACAGCAGGAUAUCGGCGCUGUGCCACUCCGAUCCAGCCAGCCGUGUCGCGAACUGGUUCAUGCUGCAUAGCGCGUAUGUCACGUCGGUGGUGCGCCUGCAUUCCUCGGCUGCGUACCCCACCGUGAGAUCUCACAUAUUCGUCCCGUCACAUUAUGCAAUGCAGCGAUGCCUGUCGGCCGUGCAAAGUCUCGGCGACAUUGCCCAAGACGUGUUCGAGGCUAAUGGUCUCGACCUGCUCGGGCCUCCUUUUGCCUUCUCCCUAUGGGUUGCUGCCCGGUUGCUGCUCGUCCAUGCCGCAACCGUAGGCUGCCCGGUUGAUCCCAAGAUUGAUUUCUUCAUCGAAACCCUCAGACAUGUCGGCCAAUACUGGGAGGUGGCAAAUAAUUAUGCCAAAAUCCUUGCUCGAGUAGUCCAGCGAGGACGUCAAGGCGACAUGAACUUUACUGCCAUGAGAAACGAGCUGGACAACAUCGACGUGUUCGACUUCUUCAAUUAUCCGAAAAUGUCGGACCCACAAACGAGAGCCACCAACGGCCAGACCAAUAUUUUGCAAGCGCAGGCCAUGAGCGGGCUAGGAGGCGAUCCCAUGAGAUGCACAGGCGUACCAGACCCAGAAUCAGACUGGCUGGGAUUCAAUACCCCUUUCAAUUGA